AUGACGAAGAGCGCAGCCAGCCAACACUCGGCGGAUGAGUCAAUCCGAGAAGUACAGGACGAUACGUAUGAUGAGUCCGACGACCAAGAAAGAGAUAGGAUCGAAGAAGAGUGGCGCAACAGCAUUCGCAUGAAGGUUGACCUUCGACUUUGCAGCAUCGCAGGUAUCUUGUGCUCGCUCAAUCUACUCGACAGCGGCGUGAUAUCCAGCGCAUCCGUUACGUCGAUGCUCAGCGACCUAGAACUGGACAUCGGUAACAGAUACUCGGUCUCUAUCUUCAUCUUCACAAUUGCAAGCAUUGCUUUCCAGUUGCCGUCAACAAUUGCUGUGCGCACUUUUGGUCCGCGUAUCUGGUUCGCCUUGAUCACUUUCUGUUUCGGCAUCAUUACACUGUGCACGGCUUUCGUACAGACAUGGCGGCAAAUGAUUGCACUUCGCAUCCUACUUGGUAUCGCCAUGUCGGGUAUCUACCCCGGAUUGACGUAUCUCAUCUCGACGUGGUACACGCGGAAAGAGCAACAGCUUCGCUUUGCCCUGAUGCAGAGUGGAGAAGUCAUUGUCUUGGCAACGGGCGGUAUCGUCAACUUCGGGCUCAACCAGCUUGAUGGCCAAUAUCUCAAGGGAUGGCAAUGGAUGUUCGUCGUGCAAGGGAGCAUCACUGCGUUCUUUGGCAUCUUGACCUAUUGGUGGAUGGUCGACUUUCCCGAGCACGCGCAGAACUCUUUCUACUUCCUCACGCCCCACGAGAGCGCGUUGGCAUCUUCUCGCAUUCAAAAGGACCGAGGCGAUGUCAAGCCUGACGACUUUGCUUGGUCCAAAGUCUUUGUUCACGCCAAAGAUGCAAAAGUCUACGGAUUCUGCAUCCUUUACUUCCUGCAGAACCUUGUCUCGACGUCGCUCUCCUACUUCUUGCCCAUCAUUCUGCAAGGCGGAAUGGGCUUCUCUUCUGAUAAAUCGAUCUUGCUCUCUGCGCCGCCUUAUUACUACGCGGUUCUCCCCGCCAUCUUGUCCUCGAUCAUCGGCGACAAGUUUCAGCUAAGAGGGCCAAUCAUAGUUUUCAACUGCGUCUCUCUAAUUAUCGGGUUUUGCAUGCUGGGCUUCUCAGACCAAGUCACAGUGAGAUAUAUCGGCACCUAUCUUGCGACUGGAGCAUACGUGGCGAACUGGGCUGCCAUGGCGACUUAUCAAGCGAACAAUAUCUGCGGCCAGUGGAAGAGGGUGUUCACGGCCGCGAUGGUCACAGCCUUCAACGGAGCAGGAGGUAUUGCUGGAAGCUUCAUUGUCAGACAACCGGAGAGUCCGAGGUAUAUGACGGCGAUUUGGGUGAGCAUAGGGAGCCACAUUUUGAUCAUCGGACUAGUUGGCAUAUACCGCGCCAUCUACGACUAUGAGCCCCAGAGCAGCAAUGAGAUCGCCCUUGACGAGGGCGACAUCUUGAUGGUCCUGGAGAAGUCGACGAUUGACGCCUGGUGGAAAGCGAAGAAGAAGGGACGCGAUGGAGACGAUGAAGAGCCCGAGGGCUUGAUUCCGAACAACUAUAUUGAAGAGGCCGCACCCAUCGCCCGCGCCAAAGCCCUAUUCGAUUACGACCGCCAGACAGACGAAGAGCUCUCUUUCAAGGAAGAUGCCAUUCUAGACGUUUACGACACCACAGAUCCCGACUGGACACUGGUCGGAGUCGAAAGCGACUAUGGCUUUGCGCCUGCGAAUUACAUCGAGCUUACCGAAGACGAUGCGGCAGCACCAGCAGCACCAGCAGUGGCAUCUCCAGCGCUGCCAAGUCGCCCGCCAAUGCCGGCAGCGAGGGACUCUUUUGACGACGACCAGCCGCCUACUCCUGACACUCCCCCAACGCAGAGUCCCGCUGCCGCCCUGGCUGGCAUUAUACAGAAGAAGUCGCAAGAGGCAGCUCCGCGAUCGACCAUCUCACCCCCACCUAAUGUAACCGCGCCUCCAAAACAACAACGACGCGUGCAAUUUACCCCGGAAGAGUCGGACGAAGAAGCGCCACCGCCUCGUCUUCCCACGCGGCCCGAAUCCGAAAUACACUCGCCCCCACCGACUCAAUACACGCAUGCGCGGUCCCCAUCACCUCCGGUCAGAUCGCCUCCACCCCGGAGCGUCACAUUUGACCAGUAUGAUCCUCCAAGUAGGGACGAGCAGCCCGCGACGCCCAUGUCCGGCUCUGGAUAUCAUCUGUACAACAUCUACGAGUACAUCACGCAGCCAGGCAAGAAUAAGAAAAUGCCAAUCACGCUGGGCGUCAACAUCCCGAAAGGAAUGAUUAUGAUUGCGCCCGAGAAGUCGCGCGAUGGACCACAACAGGAGUGGAGCGCAGAUAAGAUGGAGUACUACUCACAAGAGGGCAAGCACAUAUUCAUGGAGCUGAAACAGCCAAGCAAGAGCGUUGAUUUUCAUUGCGGCGCUAAAGACACUGCAUCUGAGAUAAUGCUGGCUCUUGGUGAGCUUGCCGGAGCCGCUAAGAGCGCAGGACUGCGCGAGGUGAUAGCUGCUGGCUCCGGAAAUUCUAAUGUGCAGAAGAAGGGUGUCAUGCUAUUCGACUUCAUGGCACAGGGCGAUGACGAGGUUACCGUCGGUCUUGGCGAUGAGAUCUUGGUUAUCGACGAUUCUGCCAGUGACGAGUGGUGGAAAGUCAGGCGGCUCAAGAAUGGCAAAGAGGGUGUCGUACCAGCUAACUACGUUGAAAUUACAGAAACCGUCCCCAUACAUGCUCCUGCAGCCGCCAUGGCUCGAUCGGGAACCAACGCUGGCCGAUCCAUCGUCGAACAGAAUAGGCGGGAGGAAGAGGAGCUUGCUCGCCAGGCCUCAAGACGGAAGAGGCCAGAAAGUGAGGCAAGGAACGAUCAGAGAUCAUCAAGCAAGCGCGAAAGCUCCGCAAAAGACUCGAGUUUGAAGUCCUCGUCUAAGCCAAAUGCUGCCAAAGUACGCACUUGGACCGACCGCUCUGGAUCAUUCAAGGUUGAGGCAGAGUUUAUCCUGAUCAAGGAUGGCAAAAUUCACCUACACAAAGUCAAUGGCGUCAAGAUCGCUGUACCGGUCACAAAGAUGUCCGUAGAGGACCUCGAAUAUGUAGAACGCGUUACAGGAGAGUCUCUGGAUGACGACAAGCCUUUGUCGGAUCUGAAGAGGAGAAGCAUGCAACAGCCUCGCGCAAAGGACUCUGGUCCAACCGGCAUUUCUGUCGAGAGGAAGCCAGAGUACGAUUGGUUUGACUUUUUCCUCAAGUGCGGUGUUAACCCCCAGAUCUGUGAACGCUACGCUAGGGCAUUUACCAAGGACGAAAUGACAGAAGAAAACAUACCAGAUAUUACUCCUGGGCUUCUGCGUACGUUGGGUCUCAAGGAAGGUGACAUUCUCCGUGUCACCAAGCACUUGGACGCACAGUUCGGAAGGGAUAAGCGAAAUGCUGAAGAUGGAGGAGAGGGAGCUUCUGGUGGCCUGUUCUCCGGCCCAGGAGGUGCACUGAGAAACAACACUCGUAAAGGACGUCCUGCACCGCCUGUUGAAACAAACGAUGUCGUUGACCCGAAAGCGUUUGAGCCAAAGUCCGAUGACACAGUCAAGAAGCCCGCAGAUGGUACCCCGACACCGCUGGCGUCCGCACCCACUCCUGACAAGACUGCAAAUGGAUUUGACGAUAAUGCAUGGGAUGUCAAGCCAUCAAAAUCUGCGUCCACCCCUGCGCCAGCAGCAUCUCCGCCACCAGCACAAGCACCUGCAGCGAAACCACCCCAGCUGACCGGAUCUAUGAACGAUUUGUCUCUCUUGGAUAUGCCUGCGCUCAAGCCUGAUGAGAUUGCUCAGCCAACACCUCCCGCUCCGGCACCCCAGCCAACGCAAGCGCCUGUUCAACAGCCUCCCGCUCCCGCUCAGCAGCCACAACCGACCGGCGCUACCCCUACCCUAUUUGAACAGGUUGCGGCUAUUAAGGCUCUUACCCAGCCUCAAAACAUGGCUCCACCGCGUAUGCGGCCACAAGCUCCUCAACAGCAAAACACUGGUGGUCUCAUUGCUCCACCACCGCAGCGGUCUUCCUCUGCCCCUAUGAAUCCGCAACAAAGUGCUUUUGGCCCUCCACCACCUCUACAACCUCAGCUCACAGGCUACAACCCAAACAUGAUGGGCCAGAACUCCGGACAGGGCAUGCCACCGAUGCAACAGCAAAUGACAGGCUUCCCACAGCAGAAUGGCGGUUUUGGGUUCCAGCAAAACGGCAUGAUGCCGCAACCCACAGGCUACAACUCCAUGUCUCCACCCCAGCAACAGCCUAUGCAGACUGGGUUUGCACAAUACCAACAACAGCAGCCAACCGGUUUCCAGCAGCCCAUGCAAACUGGCUUCCAACAGCAGCCCCACUUCACCCAGGGCUUCGGGAAUGGCAGUCCCUUUGCCGACCCACCACGCGCACCGUUCCAGCCCCUCCAGGCUCAGCCCACUGGUUACAACUCGUUCCAACCAUCCCCGCUUAACCCACAGGCGACUGGCGUCAACCGCUUCUUACCCCCGGCCCUUGCGCCACAGCCAACCGGUUACCAAAGCACUCCGCCUCUUCCUCCCAUGCCGCCAAUGCCUUCGAUGCCUACGGCUCAGCCUUUGGUGCCACAGAAGACCGGUCCACCUCCAAGCAUCAAGUUUGGUGUACAGCCCGCAAAGAAGCUUACGCCUCAGCCGACCGGGAGGGCGAACCUUGCCAAUGCCACUCCCCAAAAUCCUUUCGGUUUCUAAUUCCACUUGCGAUGGUUGUUCGCUCUUUUCGCACCCCUUUGCUUACUUACGGGGCAUCCGCUUAAUUACCCUACCACCAUAUGUAUAUGUACAUAAGUUCUGUGAUACUUGUUUGUUGUUCGGAGGUGUGGAUUCGCAAGGCCCGAUAGCAUUCUUCAUCACUUCACAUAGCACUUACUUGCAUUCAACACCCCCAAUUACAUGCAAUCCGGCGUCUUUGCUGUUCUUUUUUCUGCUUUACACAGCCAUUGCUUUGAUUUGGGUAUGCUGGUAGGCCCGAUGUUGAUUGUUACGGAAAAUCAGCAUGCGCCACUUUAUCGGCCCUUUAAUUACAUGUCUAGAAUGGGGCUGAGAUGCGUGGUAUGAUGGCUCAGCUACGGAGAUGGUCGGACCUACGUAGCUUGUAAAACAGAGAUAGUCCAAACCUAGAUGUGCU